GAGACAGAGGAUCCAGCCCUAUGGGACAGCAGUGUGUGUUUUGGGGGUGGACAGAGAGGCUUUGUAUGCAGAACAUCACCGGACACCAACGGGAGGGAGGCUGUCAGUUGUUCUGUGUGUGUGUCUGUAGUGCAACCAGACCUACCUCUGAUCCCUGCGCCACACACACUCCUCCAUCUGCUACCCAGGAGUCUGGCUUCUGCUUCCUCUGGACUGAACCCCUUCUGAUAGUCUGUGAGAGUCUUGUAGAUCUGAUUCACAAGGGUCAGGAGGGUAAGGACAGGCUGUGAUGUGGAAAAUGUGGAAUUAAACUUUCCGAAGUCACAGCAGUGACAGCAAUGGAUUGGAGCCAGGAGACAAAAAGUUCAGACUCUUGAGUGAAUGACCGGAGGAUCCCAGAGGAAAAUUUGUGUCGAUUUGUAUUUCUGCGUCUGGACAUUGUCCACGACUCUGUUAGUCCUUCAGUGUCUGCAGCCCAUGGUGGAGGUGAGCGAUGCGGAUCUGACUGAAAUUGGCACCCUAAUGCCCGCUGCUAUGCUCCCGUGCCCUGCGCCAGCCGGGUCUGACUGGAGUUUCCAGAACCCGGUGGGGGUGGACUGCAGCUCCCCAGAGCCUCGCUGCAUUUGGCUGGCGGUUCUUCGUGGAACCUCGGGCCCACUGCCAUCCCCUACACCACAGGCCAUGCCUGCUGGGCACAGUCAGAGCUCUCACCAGCUCAGGGCUAAAGGGCGGAAAGAUGGUCUCUCCUCAGCUGGUGAGAACCCUCGACCUCCGAUGGCAACCCGGCCGGGUAGGGAAGGGCUUGGUGUGGGCUGGAAGGGUCCCCGAACGCUGGUUUUGCAUAAGAACUCCCAGGGUUUUGGUUUCACGCUACGCCACUUCAUUGUUUACCCUCCAGAGUCAGCCCUGCACACCAACCUCAAGGAUGAGGAGAACGGUAAUGGAAAGGGGAAUCAGAAAGGUCGUCUGGAGCCGAUGGACACCAUAUUUGUAAAGAAUGUGAGGGAAAAGGGCCCGGCCCAUCAGGCGGGCUUGUGCACAGGGGAUCGUCUGGUGAAGGUGAAUGGAGAGAGUGUUCUAGGAAAGACAUACUCGCAGGUGAUUGCCCUUAUUCAGAACAGUGAGAGUAUGUUGGAGCUUUGUAUUAUGCCAAAAGAUGAAGAUGUGCUUCAGUUGGCGUACUCCCAGGAUGCCUACCUGACAGGUAACGAACCCUACUCUGGGGGAGCUGAGAACCUUCCGCCACCACCUUCCAUCUGUUACCCACGUACCAAGACCACGUCUCUAUCUGGAGCCCCCUUGUCUUCCCCGAUGGGCCAGAACCAGCUGGAUAACUGGAGUCGCUGGCCUGGCUCUUCUAGCCCCUCAUCACCCUUGGACAACCGCUCUACCGUGGGCAGUCCCGCCAGCUGGCAGGAGGGGCGGGCAGGUGAGCCAGGUGGCGUGGGUCAUAGUAGUCCAGCUCACCGUACAGAGGAGAUCCAGUACGGUAUGACCAGCCAGCAGCCCCAGGGUCAGACCAGGGGACGCUCCUACUCGUCUUCUUCCUCAUCAGGAGGUCCUCUGUCCAGCCCGCUGCAAGUCCACUACCCCAAUCACCACAGUGCUAGUUCUUCUCAGGCUCAGCCCCGCAAGUCCAGCUCAGCUUGGACUAGUCCACCCUUGCCCCAGGUCAGCCACAGUCGUGGGGAUCGCUGCCAGCAGGCCCUCUCUGACUGGUACUACAGCCAGCUGCCUGAGCGCUCAGGACGCAGCAUGCAAACCCGCCACCGCAGCUACUCUCAAGACCGGCUCAGUGAAACAAGGAGGCAGCAGCAGCGGACUGGUGGCUGGCCUCACAGCGCCUCGCAGGACACCCUGUUCUUACUACAGCAGUCAGGGCCAGGACCCCAUUGCGAGCCCUACUGGUCUUAUGGAGACUGGGAGGCGGGCCCAGGUAGGGGCCAGCAUGCCUCUAACUAUACUCGAACACGCUCUGAAAACUUACUGGCCCAGUUUGAUCGCCAUGGCCGCUCGUUAGAGAUGUUAGACCGAGCAUCAGCAGGACUGGUCUCCCCUUGGCCUGAAAGGCCUUCGUGGUCCCAGCAGGCUCCCCAGCCAUCCCCCAGGACUGACGCCUACACAAGGCAGGGGAACCAUUUCAGUGCAGUGCAACCUUCUCAAAUUCUCCGGCAUCCGCAGUCACAAUCUAAACAGCACCCCCAAACCCAUAGCCAGGCCCACUCGCAACCUCAGCAGGCCGUCCCUCAGAGCAGGCGGCUUCCUACUGGGCAGAACAUGGAUGACCAGCCGGUUGGCUACCGUAGUUACAGUCCAUCUUUUUACCGCAAGACUGGCCGCAUUAUGCAGCAGGCUCACUCUUUCAGGGACCCAUCAUACUCUGGCCCCCACUUGAACUGGAACCCAGCACCUAAAACCAGCCCUCCAGAGGGAUCAUCAGCUCCUCUCACUGUCUCUGCUGCAUCACCCCUCGCCUCCGCAUCUCCUGAAUCCCAGGACAGAGCAUACAGGCCAACAAACCACGAAAGGGAACAAAGGCCAUCAGAGGGGCAGGCAGAGAUUGUGGCUCAAACCCAGGAAGUGGUCCUGAGGCAGAAACCUCCCGCGGGACGGAGGAACAUCCACGGCAUGCGGCAUCCCCACUAUGCCCUACCAGUGGACGGGCUGGAACCCUCAUUGUUUUCUCCUGAACCCAAAGACUUAACCACAACCUCUGGUUCCUCCGGUGAUGCAGCCCCACGCAAACCAAAUGGCAACCUCGCCCCUCUCCCCAUUGAGGAUGACUCUCUGGCCUCGAUCCCUUUUAUAGACGAGCCGACCAGCCCCGGCGCUGACUUGCGCGCCCGCCACGUGCCCGCGUCCUCCGUGGUGUCCAGCGGCAUGAGUUCAGCGCCCCCAGUGGGCACCAGCCCCGCCUCCCCCACCUUCACCUUCCCCCUCACUAGGCUCCUCUCACACGACUGCAGCAGUAUUAAAUCCACUCGCCGUUCCUCCUAUCUUCUAGCCAUCACCACAGAGCGCUCCAAGUCUUGUGAUGAAGGACUCAACUCGUUCAGAGAGGAAGGACGAGGCUUAAGGCUACCAAAAAGAGUGAAGAGUUUCUUCACAGAUGGGUCUCUGGACAACAUCGGGACUGCAGAGGAGGUCCGCUCCAAACGUCACUCCACCUCAGAGUUAGGAAACAUCACCUACAGUGACGUACGGCGAGAGGGAUGGCUGCACUUCAAACAAAUCCUCACAGAGAAGGGCAAGAAGGUGGGCAGCGGCAUGCGUCCAUGGAAGCGGGUCUUUUCGGUUCUUCGCUCCCAUUCGCUGUUUCUCUACAAGGAUAAGAGGGAGGCAGUGCUCCGCGGUGCCACUGUCGAGGGUUCUGCUGAGGACGAGCAGCCAAUCAGCAUCCGGGGCUGCCUGGUGGACAUUGCAUACAGUGAAACCAAGCGGAAGCAUGCUCUGCGACUGACCACUCAGGACUUCUGUGAGUACCUGCUGCAGGCAGAGGACCGAGAAGACAUGCUGGACUGGAUAAAGGUCAUCAGGGAAAGCAGCAAGACAGACAAUGAGGAACUUGGCUCCUCCAGACAAGCUCUCAUCAAUAAGAAGCUCAACGACUACAGGAAGCAAAGUCCAACAUCCAGCAAGCCAGACUCAUCUCCCCGGUUGCCCCGCAUGAAGCCUCCCUUCCUGCUGAACAAGACAGAGAACGCAGCCGGUGCGCCACGCUCUCCGAAACCAGAUGAGAGCAGCCCUCCGAAGUCUCCGUGGGGAAUUAAUAUCAUGAAGAAGACAAAGAAGGCCGGGCCCAAAGCUUUUGGUGUGAGGCUGGAGGAAUGUCAGCCUGGUGCAAAUAACAAGUUCAUCCCGAUGAUUGUUGAGAUCUGCUGCGGCCUGGUAGAGGAGAUGGGUCUGGAAAACACUGGAAUCUACAGAGUUCCAGGGAAUAACGCCAUGGUGUCGCUGCUUCAGGACCAGCUCAACAAGGGCGUGGACAUCAACCCUGCAGAGGAGAAAUGGCAGGACCUCAACGUUGUCAGUAGUUUGCUCAAAUCUUUCUUCAGGAAGCUUCCAGAGCCGCUUUUCACCAACGACAAGUAUAAUGAUUUCAUCGAUGCAAAUCGGAUGGAAAAUGCAUCAGAGAGACUGAAGACCAUGAAGAAACUGAUUCGAGACCUCCCAGAUCAUUAUUAUCACACUCUGAAGUUCCUGGUUAGUCACCUAAAGACGAUAGCUGACCACUCCGAUAAAAACAAGAUGGAGCCUCGUAACUUGGCUCUGGUGUUUGGGCCGACCCUGGUCCGGACAUCCGAGGACAACAUGAAAGACAUGGUCACGCACAUGCCUGACCGCUACAAGAUAGUAGAGACGCUCAUCCAACAUUGCACCUGGUUUUUCACAGAAGAGCUUGACAAGGAUGAGAAGACGCCAGUGGACACAGAGGAUGUGCAGCCUGCCCCCAACAUCGACCACCUACUUUCCAACAUUGGCAGGACCGCGCUGCUCGGGGAGGCUUCAGACUCAACCAACAGUGACUCAGCAAAAUCAAAGGGGUCAUGGGGCUCAAAGAAGGACCUCACAGCUAAGGACUUCCUGACUCUGUCCAUCAUGUCAGCCGUUACGGGCCGCAAACGCAGGAAGCGCCACAAUGCCCGCCGCGUAGGCAGCAGCACCGAUGACGACUCUGAGCACGAGCCAAUCAAAGCUGGACAUCAAGGGGCAGAGGAGGAAGAGGAGGCAGAGUCGCCAGUAGGAGACACUGCACCUCGAGCAGAAGGAGAGGAGGAUGACGAUGAAGAGGAAGAAGAAGAUGAUGAUGAUGAGGAGGAAGUUGUAGAAAGCGGAGUGAAAAAGGAGGUAGAAGAGGAAGUGGUGGCGGUUGUUCCCAGCCGGCCGUGCUGUAAAGAGGAAGAGGAGGCAGGAAGGCAGGCAGCUGUGUUGUUACAGGAGGAGGUGCAGGUGGAGGUGAAGGAGAAGCCAUGGCGAGCUCCAGAGGACGCUCGCUCGAUUGUCUCUGGUUACUCCACCCUCUCUACAUUGGGGCGGAGCUUGGGCUCAGAGGGAAGGGGUGAUGAUGCUGAUGAUGAACACAGCGAGCUGGUGAGUGAGACGGACAACGAGAGCGGCUUCGCCUCACGCUCUCUGACGCAGGAGAGACCUGAUAAACACCCGGCAUCACCUGUGAACACGCAACCGCCGCCGCCCCCGCACAGCUUUCUGUACUCCCACAGCAAACCCCCCAUCCUCUCAUCCACAAACCUUUUCACCCAACCCAAACCCCUCACACACACACCUGACUCUGUGGAGAGGAGUGAAGGAAGGGCACGGUCCAACACGACCUCAACCUCCUCCUCCUCCACCACUCACAGACUGAACUCACGGCCUUCCUUCAACUCCCACAAGCUGAUCCAGUGCGACACGCUGGCCAGAAAGAAGCUGAAGUCUGAGAAGACCAAGGCUCGCCCUCUGGACCUGCUGGAGUUUCAGGGCAAGGGGACGGGCUCUGGACCAGAUUGUCCACCCAAAUCGAAGAGGGAGACCUCCAGAACCAACCCUUCUUCAGGCAGCAGCCAGGAAAGCCUACGUGUGCCGCAGCCCAAAGCCAGCGAGGCCGCCUCCUUCACCCCGACCGGGCCAAGCAACAGGUCUCUGGCCGAGCAGGUCCGCGCUCGACUGCUGGGAUCAGCAGACGAUCUGCGCAGCGUGGGGCUGCGAAAACCACUGUCACCCGAGACUCGCAGGAAGAGACGAGCGUGGCGCAGGCACACUGUGGUGGCCUCCCCAACAGAGACAUCAGAAAAGAGACCCCCACUCACUGUCGAGUUCCCCUUAUCUUCAAUGAAUCAAAACCAGGUCAAAACACAAGGACUGCCACGGGGCGAAGACAGCCUCGACCAAGGAAAUCUUGCACGUCAAGCCUCCACCUCUAGAUUCCACCAGUUCCUGUGAGCCCCCGCUAGCAGCUGAUUCUGAGGGAGUCCACCAAGCAACUGACCCCCUGCAGGUCAGUGAACCGGCAGCUGUGCCCUGGUGCACUGCCAGGUGCUUCAUGGACAGGGCCAACACAACCCACCCUUUUCUUCUUGAUAAGCUCCAUUUGCAUGGCAUGGGGCAUUCCAGUGUUGCCAAAGCUUUUUUUUUUUUCUUUUUCUCAUGUGUGCUUUUAAAGAAAGGAAACAGAAACAGGUCAGAAACACAAACAGACCUCAUCAAGAUCUAUGUUACAGCCAAGAAUUAACAUUUCAGUAACUCCUGUCUCCUCUUAUCUUCCUGCAUGGCUCACAGGGGAUGAUAAUUAAAGGUUUGAUUCCUUAAAAGUAACCAAAUGCAGCCUUCGUCUGGUUCUAGAGAGAAUGGUGCUUCUUGUCUAAAGGGGUUUCACUGCUACAAAAAAUGUUUUAGCUGCUGUACUUGAUCAGUAGAAACAGACACACGCAAUUAGAAUAACUCACGUCAUUUUAAAAACAAUUACAAGAGGGAAUUAAACUGAUUUUUUAUAUCAGUCCUCCUAAAAUGUUCCUCCGCUGACCACAGACACUGUAAAACACCAAUUUUACUCUCCACCAGGUAAUGCAUUCGGUUGCAAUGUUUGUGUGUUUGCGCUACCAUAUUCGUGAUCAUGUCAGAGUGUGCAGGUGUUUGUGCUGAACAGUUUUGUAACAUUUGUACAAAGCCUUGUUAAGUUAACCUUUUGUAAAUAUAAAUAUGUUUGUUUUUACUUUUUUUUGUUAUUUUUUAUGGUUUACAAAUUGUGCAUACAAGUGCACGGUCCUUUCUUUCAAGAUGUUACUUGAAAUGUUUCCUUUAAUAUAUACUUUAUGUUUAUAUUCUAAAUAUAGAUAUUAUAUAUAAAUAUUUUGUAUUAAAAUUUUUAAAAAGUAUCUUUAUCUGAUUUAACCUCUUGCGCGUACCUGUUCAAAGGAAAUUAGAUAAACAUGACGAAACCUGCUCCUUAUUUCUUCAUAGAUGGCCUUUCUCUCUGAUUCACAGCACUGUGAAUACCUUGUUCUGUUCAGAUAUUGUCGUAUAAUAAACAUAAUUCAGUGGUUGUAGCAGGUUAGCAAAGGUAAUCUAAUAGAUUAUAUUGGGAGCAUGUGCAGGCAGCUCACCACACUCAUGGCUGAGUCACUUCUUCAUGUAUGGGAUUACUGAGCAUUGCAUCCACAGAUCUGCUCAUAUUUACCAAGCUCAAGACAAAAGUAUGUAUCCAUUUGUCGCAGAGAUGUUGAAAACGAUGCCGCAGUACAUAACUGCGACUUUAUCGCCUCUGUCAUUUGGGAUCUUUGUGUUUUCAGAGCAUCACCUUUGAGGUUUGGUCUGUUAACACAUUUAUUAUCUUGGCAAGACAUGCCAGGGAGUUUCCCAGGUUAUAAUAAAUCCUCCCUGGCUGGGGGAAAUGGUACAAUGGAGGAACUAAACACAGAACGUCAUCUAAUAUGAACUUAUGUUUCUUUCUCCUAUGCUCUGGAACCAUUACAAGCCACAAACAGGAGAUGCAACUUUUUUUUUUUUUAUCUGACCAAAUAACCUAGUGAAGAAUGAGAAUAAUAAACAAGUUCUAGUCUUUUCUUACCUCAAGAUUAUUCUACAAGUGCCUGAUUUCUGGAAUGUGUUUUUGUUCUCCAGUGCCAUGCACGGUUCUUAUCUUUCCAUUUCCUUGUUGUUUUUGGGUCUCUCCCUCCUCUACUCUGGCUGACGGUAUAGCUAAGGCAACCGACCCAAAGAUGUGUACAUUACACUAUAAACACACCCAGUGAGAGGCAGUAGAAAAGAAAAGCACACUUCAAGCCAAGGACACAUCUAUGCACUCUCUCUGCCUUGGACAGAGGCGUUAACAGCUGUUACUGAUGCUGCUAUGAGGGAAAAAGGCAUAGUUAUUCUCUCAGCUGCUUUUUCUUAACAAACUAAGGUCAUCUCUCUUUGCCUAGUGAUCCACAGUGUGAGAAUAUGGUACAUCUAACAAGCCCUACCCUUGAACCGCAUUUAGGCCAUUCCAGAUAACAUCCAAUUUCCUUAAGAUGAGCAAACAGCCCACGACUUCAUCAAAUAGGAAACCUCAUCAGUCUGUGUGUUGUCUGAAAUGUGAUUUUUGCCUAAUGUCUUGGUGUAUUUUUAACUAAUUUUCUUUUUUGUAUAUACCAUUGUAAUAUGUAACAUAUUGCAUUGUGUACAUUUGGAAUUGCUUUUGAGUAUAACUAAUAUGAAAAUGACUGGACUAAAAAAGUUGUCCGCCUGAAAUCAUUUCCCUCAUGCUGUUUGCUUUAAACUAAGGUUAUAUGAUGUAAAUAAACAGAACUGUUUAAAACUGA